AUGAACGUUUUGAUUAUUGGAAACGGAGGUAGAGAACAUGCGUUAGCAUGGAAAAUUCGACAGUCCGACAAGGUCAAAAACGUCAUGACGGCCCCUGGAAAUGGAUCGAGCGGAAUCAUCGGUACAGCCAAGAUAUUAUCUUUUUUUGAAAACAGUUUUGUUCGAAAGUUCAAGUUCAGAUUUGAAUAUCAACGACGCGGACGCCGUUGUGAGGUUUUGUGAAUCCGAGAAUAUACACUGUGUUGUGAUCGGUCCGGAAGAACCUUUAUCUAAUGGUUUGGCUGACGAUCUGAUAGAUCUAUCGCCAAAUCUAUUGGUUUUCGGGCCAACUCGCGAUGGCGCCAAACUAGAGGUACGGUAGGUGAACAGACUACACGUGUUACGGAGGUGUUCAGACAUCGAAGUCCUUUUCGAAGCACUUUAUGAAAGAAUACGGUCUCCCAACGGCGGAUUUCGUGACUGUCGACAAUGUCAAGAGCCUCGACGGUGUCUUCGAGAGGUUUCCUGUCAUUCAUGUAGUGAAUCGGAGAUUAUUUUUGCAGAGUUCCGUGGAACAAAUUGGUCGUUAAGGCUGAUGGUCUUGCCGCCGGAAAAGGAGUCAUCAUCCCGAAGGACAAUGAGGAAGCCAAGGCGGCAGCUAGAUCCAUGCUUGAAGUACAUUUAGCACUCAAAAAAAGUGAUUUCUCUGAGGAAUGCAAAUUUUCAGGGACAAUUCGGUGUCGCUGGACGAAAUAUUAUUAUCGAAGAUCGUCUAGAGGGUUACGAGGUCUCGGUGAGCGCCCAUUUAGAUUCUUUCUGA